CAACUGAUACCCAAAGUGAAAAUGAAAUCCACUGUUGUCAAGGCAACGUUUGUCAACAAGCCUGUGACGGUCCUGAGCAUUUCCGGUUUGUGGAACAGACGCAUCAAAGCGAAUUGAUACAAUUCAGUCGAUUUUCCGCAAAAUGUCUGAUUUAGCAAAAGAAAAAGCAGCACGUCUGCUGAAGAAACGUGGAAGUGUGUCUUCUCUGGGCAGUCAUGAAGUCAGAGCUAAAGACACUUUUGGCAAAACUAAGGACUCUAUCAGCACUGUGUCCUACAUGGAAGAACCUGGACAUCAUGAUGAUAUUCCACGACCUACAGUGCAAAUGGAGAACACCUAUCGGCUCACCCCGACGCGACGUUUCCCAGUGAUAACAGUGAAAGACAUUCUGAAGGAUGUGUUGACCAGUUACCUGCAGGAGGAGAAAUAUGAACCUGAGUUGUGCAGGCAGAUGACCAAAACAAUCUCUGAGGUUGUCAAGGCCAGAGUUAAAGAUUUGAUGAUUGCUCGCUAUAAAUUCAUAGUCAUCAUCAGCAUUGGUCAGAUCAAAGACCUGAACAUACGCAUGGGGAGCAGAUGCCUAUGGGACGAGACACACGACAAUUUCUCAUCGCAUACUUUCAAAAACAGCUCACUCUUUGCUGCCGCUACUGUCUAUGGUGUCUAUUUUGAAUGAGUCUGUAAGAAUAGUCCUUAGUCAGGGUAUUGCCAUAUUUAAUUUUUGACAAGAUUGAAACCAAGGCUGUGAGGGAAAGAAUAGAGUGCAUUCAAUAGAUUGUACUGUUUAACGACAUACCGCUUGUUCAACUGACGGUACGUCUUUCCAAAAAAGUUUCAGUAGACAAAAACCCCAUUAAAUAGAUCUGAAAGUUGUGUGUUGUGAAAAUUAUGUGAUCUUUUUAUAGUUCAUCUCUGUUAAAUUCAGUAUGGCAUCUAUCCUGACUAAAGUCUAUGUCAGCUGUGUGUUAGUGACAAGUGAAUUUAGCGAGUCAGUGAGCGCCACAUACAGUAGUGGCCAAUAAUGCUGUCUGGCCUAGGAAAAUUGACAUCUUCACUCUUUAAUCAAAUAUUGUUAAUAAUUUGUUAAAGAUGUAUAAUAUUUUCCUCAUAUUUUGAUGGUUGAAAGGUCUUUAAAAACAAAUAUCCCCUCCGGAUAUAAUAUUUGGCUGCUACACUCUCUGAUCAUUCUGAAGUUAUUGCCUGUGAUGCUAUUUAAUUUUUAUUUUCAUAUUAUAGAAGCACAUUUUGGACAUAACUUAAUGGCUAUUGUCUUAACAAUAAAACGUUUUACCUCAUAUAAACAAUUGAAAAUAUAAAUCUCUUUCCAUGCAUUGAGUUGGAAUGUCAUCAGUUAAUACCUCAUUGUAUUUUAUACCUCAGUCAAUAAAUCUGUUUUCAUCUAUCAUA